CACUGAACUGCAACAAUUGGAAAAGUACAAAAUGAAAAUUACAUCGAACACCGUCACAAAAUCAGCCACAUCAAGAGAUCUGAUGAUGAGAGGAUUUUAAACCUAAACAAUAAUGAACACAUCUACAUGACAACCAAUGAUGGACGUGAGAGUGUUCAACAUCUUCAUGUGAUCCUGGUUAUUGUUAUCCCUCGUUUGCCUUUGACGUCCCGUGGAAUCUAUUUCUGCAGAUAUUAUCAGAGGACCUUCCGAAUCCUGCAUGCAUCAUGUAUUUGAGCAAACAUUUCUUUCAGUCGGAGACUCACUGACAUUCAGAAACAUAUGGACAAAAAAGGCUGUGGAGCAUCGGUACGAACAUAUCCUUCAGUAGUCUUUGUGUACGAAUACUGGCUUUCUGUACUGAGUGUACCCACUGGAAAUAGAACAUUUACUAUAUGCAUUUCUGAGAUCGUCACAAUUUGAAUUUACGCUUUGUGGUCUUUGUAUAUAGACAGUGGCAUUGACAUAUUUGCGACUAGACUUGACGCCCAUUGUUGUUAAUGAAUGUAUUCUCAUGGGUACAUGUUUUAUUGACAAACAGGUUGAGAACAUCGGCCUCCAUGGAACUAACGCAGCUGCAUGUCGAAGGGUACUGAAGUUUCUGUGCACAGUGAAGACGGAACUGAAAAUAUCCAAGAGAAGGUAAUUUCUGUGUAUUAACACAAAAACAAUGACUGUGGAUGAGAAGACAGAGGUUGUGACGUUUGACGCAGACCGGCGUUCGCCAAAGUAUAGAAUGAAAGAUCUGUGGAUUGAAUUCCGAGAUUCUACAGGUCUUCAUGGUGUUGAUAAGAUUAAGCCUCCUUCAAUCAGCCCCUUUAGCAUCCGAGGGUCGAUUUGGAUGAUAGCACUGUGUUUAACUACGGCCUUCCUGAUGUAUAACCUUGUCGAUCAGAUUGGAGACUACUACCGCUAUCCCACCAUCACCAAGUUCACACCCAGGAUGGUGCCCUUCAUCGACUUUCCCGCCGUCACCAUCUGCAACAGAUGCACCCUCAACAAAACCCGUCUUGACGUUUAUCCAGAAAUGGAGACCUAUUUCUUCAACAGAUCUAUAGGAUUGGUGAAUGCAAGCUCAUUUCCUGUUUCAGAUGUGUUUCAGGAACAAUUGUCUUUAGAAUGGUGGAGGAAUAUGUCUAUGGAUGGAGCCGAAAUGCUGAUGUCAUGUGUCUUUGGUGGUGUACAGUUUGACUGCAUGAGCAAGUUCCGACCUAUUUUCACCACUGAGGGAUUGUGCCAUACGUUCAACUUCAAUGACAGUGAAAUUGCCCAAGUGAAGAAGGCGGGUGACUCCAAGAAUCUCAUGGUCUUAAUGAACACCAAUCAGGAUCACUACACAUUUGUAGCAAACAUGGCAGCAGGGAUUAAGGUAAAUCACAAGUUCUCUAAGUACCUGAGUUAGGGCAACGAAAUAACUGGAAAAGUCACCAUCUGAACGUUUCUUGAGAUCGUUCAACUUU